UUGUUGAAUUUUAGUUUUGCGACGUAAUAUGUCGAGCUAAUAUGAGAGUGGAUUUUGCAAUAGCUUCAAUUUAGCCUGAGCUGCUGCUUACAUUUAUUUAAAAAUCAAAACUAUUGUAGGUAGUAAAGCCUUGAACUAAGUAUACUAAAGUAGUCCCUUUGUCAGUUUUGUCAUUUAUUCUGUUAGUUAACUUUUCAGUGCUGUAAAGUUAUCAAGUACAUUUACUCAAGCACUGUAUUAAAGAAAAUGAAAUACUCUGCCUGAGUAUUUUCAUGUUGUGCUACUCUGUAAUUUCACUCUUCUACAUUUUGGAGGCAAAUGUCUAAUGUUUUUACAGAUUUGGUUACUUUGCAGACUUAGAUUGCUAAUGCACAAUAUUAAUUAACUAAUACAUUAUUAUAUUUUGCUACCCAGUAGUAUUCAAAGUAAAUUAAAUAAACCCCACCUUUGCCAAAUGUAUCAUUGACGUGAUGAACACAUUAAUGCAUCAAUAACUAUAGUACAAUAAAGAAAAACAUAUGGUGCAUAAAUGGGCCAUCCUGCAUAAGGAGUACUUUUACCUUUUGGUUCUUUAAGUAUAUUUUGAUGCCUGUACAAUUUUUUUAAUGCAUUACUUUUACUUGUAAGUGAGUAUUUUUUAUUUAGUAUUGCUAUCUUACUUAACUUAACAAUUUGAUUACUUCUUUCAUCACUGCUUUCGAUAUGUGUAACUUGAAAUUGUGUAUUCACUGUAACUGGUUAAGUAAGUCAACAGUUGGGAAGUUGUCAGUCUGUGGUUUUGUACUCUGCUUGUGAAGUUGCUGUAACGUAGCUUGCAUUAUAUCUUAUAUUAAUUUCCUCUCCACCCUAACACUGUUGACACUUCAGUUUUUACUUAAUACUGUUUACACUGAUUAAAUCUUGCCUAGGCGGCUUUCUGUUGAAACACACGUGACAGCUGUUGUGGUGAAUAUUUAACCCCUAGAUUAGGUAUUUUGACUGACGUGUGCCUUAUCAGUUCUAAACAGUUCUCUAUUGGAAGUGGAACAUUAAUUGUCUGAAGCACUGGCCUAAAUGGUGUAUCUUUACAUGGAACAAUGAUUGUGAUUUGCCUGACGUGACGACAAUAAUGCCUGCGAACCCCCUGCAUCAACGCCCAGUCUGCAUUGGUGAUUUGGUGAUAGACAUCUUGCAACCAAAGCACCUUUCUAAAAAUCCCUGACUGCCUGUGUGGGCGUCAGCUUCCUUCUAGUUUUACUUCCUGUCAUUUGCUGUUGCUCAGCCUUUUCUCAUCUUCUCUGACGGGGUGGGGUGGGGGGGGGGCAGGAUGCCUUUGGUUUUAAAAGAAACUUCUGCUGCUGUACGUGUAUAAUGCAAGCAUAUAACCUGCUGGAGUUUACUAGAGGGAGGCACUGAAUCCCACUCUAGGAAUGCUUUGCAGUGGACUUUGAACACCGACCUCUGCAGAUACAGUGAGCUGAAAAAAGAAAUCUCCCUGCAGGUAUAAAGCAAUUGUCCCCCUAUCAAUUUAUUGGUGCAUCCACACCCAAAUAAAGACCUUUAGCCUCACACCGGGCCUCUGCAGCUCCCUUCCCCUUUGCUAUCCCCAGUACCAUGCUGGGUACAUUCCUGCGGAGGAACAUGUCUCAGAAGCUGAGUGUGCUGCUGAUGGUAUUCGGCCUGGCGUGGGGACUUAUGCUGUUACGCUACACUGUGCAGCAGCCACGCCAUCAGAGCAGCGCCCAGUUACGUGAGCAGAUCCUGGAGCUCAGCCGACGAUAUGUCAAGGUGCUGACAGAGGAGAACCAGAAUGCACCAGGAGGGCCGCAGGGAACCUCCAUGGCUGGUUAUGCUGAUCUGAAGAGGACUAUCGCUGUGCUACUGGACGACAUUUUGACACGGCUGAUCAAACUUGAGGGGAAAAUUGACUUGGCGGUCAAUUCCUCUUCCACUAACACCUCCCACACAGCAGGGGGCAUACUUGACUCUGCGGCCGCCGCCCUACAGAAGUCCUCAAAGCUGGAGUCACCUGGCAGCCACCCAGGGAGGUCCCGCCUUCACCCACACAUCCCUAAUAGGCCUCGGCCACACCAAGGAGCAUAGUUUUGAAAGACGUAUUGAUUUUGUUAUUUUUAGCACAUCCCACUUUUCCAGCUUUUAUCACUGAUGUUACCGCAUCAGACCAACGAAAAGCAAUAGAGAGACAUACGGACAUCCGGAAAAAUAAAAUGCAGGAUGCUUCAUUAGAAAUGUUCAGCCAACUCAGAAUGAAGAAGGAGGACUUCUUAAGGCUCUGUACUAUCAUAUGCUGAUAUUUAUUUAUUUUUAUAUUCUCAUUGCUGAUUUGUUUUGGCUUAGAUCUUUAGCAUUUUUUUCAAUAAUGCCAUAUCUGAAUCCUAUGACUGUUCACGCAAAACAAAGGGGAAUAAAUACUCUUGGAACUGAACCAGAUUCACAUAUGCUUUAUCAUAAAAGUGGCUUGAAAUACUCCCCUAUCUACAUUGUAAUCUAUUUUACAAUACUGCUUAAAUAUAUCUAAAUGCUGAACCAGUACACUCAUGAUAGUUAGGAAUAGCUGUAUUGUCAGUUUAGCUGGUGCUGUUGUUAAUUACUAUAGAAGGAAGAUUCUACUUAUAACUUACUCAUAGUCUUAAGAAUAAUUAAUAGUUUGCCUGUAAGAGAUAAUCCAAAGAAUGUUAUUUGCACUCCAUCUGCAGGUGGGAUAGUUGUGUAUUUACAAUUGCUGCAAGACAGUUUGAGUUUUAUGCAGAAUUUAAAUGGAUGAUGCCUAUUUUGCCACUGUAAACAUGAGUGUGACAUGUCUUAUUGAAAUCCUAUGGUUCCCUUGCCCGGUGUUGAGAAAUGUUUAAACUAAGGUGUGUAGCAGAUUGAAUGUACUGUGUAGUCAGUAUUUAGCCCUUUAGUGCUGUUAAGAUGACUGACAUACUGCUUACACAUGUUCAGGGUUCAUGUUGCACUGUGACAAGACUGUUUUCUAAAAAUACUGGGCUCGCCCAACAUUGACUUGAUGGAUAUUUUAGGAUGUGAGAGCUCUUCAAUAUUCCUUCUUCUGAAUAUGGUUUCCAUGAUACCAAUAAACUCUGGUGCCUACCCAGAGGAAAUGGAUCUUUGCACAUCAUGGAGCUCAUUAACAUGAUGGGUCUGGGAACGAAUAAAGACAAUACUUUCAUCGAUACUGCUUUGGGAUUGUAUGAGACAAAGUCAAUGUUGGUGAUACUAUAGGAGGAGGAAAUGUAUCACAAUGUUGCUUUCACAUUACAGAUGAUAUAAAUCAAGGCCUUUAGACUGGAUUGUCCAACUGUGGUAUGACUCUUUCUGCAUUGUGUGAUGCCAUAAAUGUACUUUGCUUCAUAAUGCAUAAGUUGAAAGAUGUUGAGCCAGUGAGCUGCUGUGAGAUGACUUCAUUAAUAAAUUGACUUUAUGGAAAGAAA